AAAUUGCAGGUCGUUGCGCAGGGAAUGAAUGCAGACAGCCAGUAUUCCACCCCCUCAUGUGUUCAGGGGAACGGAGUAGCACCGUCGGCGCCUCAUGAAGGCUAGACUGGACGGAUUAAACUUGAUGAAUGCAUUGUUAACCGCAUCCGGCCAAAACCCCUGUUAGGAGAGGCCAUCUCCACUCUAUUAUUCACUGGUCCCCUCCCACGUUGGCUGACUGCCCUCUGGCUUUUCUCUAAGAGGUCUGAAAGCAUGUCUUCCGUCUCCUUCAGUGCUCUCAUCUCCAGCUGCAGCAUAGCAUCUCAUCACUAUGAAGCAGGGCAGUGGGAGUGAAGCCAUCGUCGCCGUGACCGCGGUCUUUCUGGCCAUUUCGCUGCUCACCGUCUCUCUUCGAUGCUACGUUCGUCUACGCGCCGUGCGCGCAUUUGGUUGGGACGAUGGCUUCAUGGUCGUGGCCAUGACCCUGAAUGUCGCAUUCGCAAUCUGUGGCUUCAUCGGAGCGUCAUAUGGAAUGGGAGGGGAUCCAGAUAUUGUCUUGCAUCAGCCUGGCCAUGUUAAAAAAGCAUUGCUGGUAUGUGGUGACGAGACUUGCCCGAGACCGGAGAGCUGGACUGACUCGACGGCGACAUGCAGUGCUGGUGGGUUGGCCAGAUGUUCUACGUGGUGACGUGCGUCGUUGCGAAACUGUCUAUUACUAUCUCCUUGCUGCGCAUCACUGUGUCUAAGGUGCAUUCGUGGAUUCUCUACUCCGUGAUGACGAUGAGCGUGGUCGGGGGCGUGAUCUUCUUCUUCUUCACCAUCUUCGAAUGUUCCCCAGUCAACUACUUCUGGGACAGGCAUACGGUGGACGGAAAGUGUCUCGACCCGAAUCUGCUCCUGGGAAUCGUGUACUUGUACAGCGCCAUUGCCGCGUUGACUGACUUCACGAUUGGCCUGUUGCCCAUUUUCAUCGUCUGGAAGCUGCACAUGCCGCGGCCGUCAAAGAUCGCCCUGGCUGGCAUUUUGGGCAUUGGCUGCAUCGCGUCCUCUGCGGUGAUCAUCCGGAUUCCCUUCCUCUACAAGUUCAAAAAACCCAACUUCAUAUUCGUCUGCACCCAAAUGUCCAUCUGGUCUAACAUCGAAGCCGGCCUGGGAAUCACCGCAGGCAGCCUGACAACACUCCGGCCUCUCUUCCGCAUCCUCCGCGAUGGAUCUGUAUCCGCACGCAGCCGAAUCCGAACAGCGUCCUUCCCCCUGUCUAGGUCAGGCAAGCCCAGUCGCCAGUGGACAGGGGACGAGCUGUGGGGGAGCAGUCGUGACGACGAUUACCACCUCACCACUACGGUUGUCGGACGAUACAGCGACGAAGGGCAGAGCAGUAGUGGCGAGAACAUAACGAGUGGGCUGAAAGUGGAGCGGUCGUUUCAAAUUUCUGUUUCCCGUGCAUAG